AUGGGUCGUCUCCACACUCCUGGUAAGGGUAUCUCUAGCAGCGCUCUCCCCUAUCGUCGCUCCCCUCCCUCCUGGUUGAAGACCAGCCCCGAGGAGGUCGUUGACAUGAUCUGCAAGAGCGCCAAGAAGGGUCUCUGCCCCGCCCAGAUUGGUGUUGUCCUCCGUGACUCCCACGGUAUCCCCCAGGUUAACCGUGUCACUGGCAACAAGAUCCUCCGUAUCCUCAAGAAGAACGGUCUUGCUCCUGAGAUCCCUGAGGAUCUUUACUUCCUCAUCAAGAAGGCUGUCUCCGUCCGCAAGCACAUGGAGCGCAACCGCAAGGAUAUGGACUCCAAGUACCGUCUCAUUCUCAUUGAGUCCCGUAUCCACCGUCUCGCACGUUACUACAAGACCUCCGGCCAGUUGCCUCCCACCUGGAAAUAG